AUGCAGGCGCCUACAGCAUCGUACGUCGACUAUGUCAUAUACAAAGAAGCCGACAGCACGAAAAAGUCAAACCUGCCUCCGGACAAGAAAGCGCAGUUAAUGAGACAACUUCGGUUUGAAAAAACAAACAAUCAAUUCACAAGUUCGGUGCUGCCCAAGACCGAAAGUCAACAUAUGAUGCGACUGUGCAUUACAGACAAUGUAAAAGACCACAUGCAAAUGCAACGCGAAGUCAACUUAGGAAGAAUGGUUUGGAGUGAGCUACAGAGUAAUAAACUAAAAGGACAUUUUUUGAAAGUUCAGCACGUUGGCGCCUUCAAACGUCUGCUGUAUUUGACAAAGAAGUCAGCUAUGGAUCCAGAAGGUACUAUUAUUUUGUCGUUACAGCCUCGGUAAGUCUACAUUAUAUUUUUAAGUUUUUUUUUCAUGGCCGCAAAAAUUUUUUUAGUCCCAAUCCCCGCCCUUUUUUCAUCUACGAACCUCGAGGCUUGACUUUACAAGAACUUCUAACUCUGAGCAAAACGAACUCGGUUGACAUUAACACGGCUCGUCACAUCACCGUAGGAAUACUACAUACUGUACGCGUUUUACAUCACUUUGGAUACGUGCAUCGCUGUGUGGACACAACUACGUUUGGUUUGAAAAAAGAUUUUAACGGGAAAAUUUUGAGCGAUGCGGUUCAGUGUCAUAGUUUGUGGUAUGCUCGAAAGUAUCGUAACAACAAAGUACGACGAAGGGGUCCGUUUAUUGGGUCAUAUCUCUUCAGGUAAGUAUAACAUAUUUAUUAUGAAAUAGUUUUUGAUAAACAGUAAAAUAAUACAAUAAUAGUUUCAGCUCCCUAGAAGCUAUGUCUGGCAUAGAACAACUUCCGAACGAUGAUAUGAUUUCAGCUAUGUACAUUUUCUUAUGUCUAUGUUUUGGAUAUUUGCCAUGGAUGAAACCAAAAACAACAAACGUUAGUUUUAGUCCAUUUAAUUACUAUCAGAUUUCCCAAAAACAUUUUAUUUAGCGGACAAAGUCUAUUAUAAAUUUUUUCAGGGCAUUUGGAAUAAAAAAUCCGCAUUUCAAUCAAAUCCCUCAUGGUUUCCGUCAAGAUCAAACGUCAGUUACAAUAUUAAUGGUAUUGCAGAAGCUUUCGAAGCAAUAAGUAGUUACAAUUCAUUGUAAGUUUAAAUGGUUCAUUGUUAGAUAUAAUUUUUAUUUUUUUUCUGUAAUUUUGUAAAAUCUAUUAACCACAUUCCACUACAAAUAAUAAUUUUAGGUUACCAAACCAAAAAAUAUACGCAAAACUAACAGAAAUUUUGAAAAAAAAUUGUUGA